AAGAGCCUCGGAAUGACUCUUGCUGUUCUCAGAAGCGGUUUUGAGAGUGGAACUUGAGGGAACAUCCGAGGGCCGAGUUUGGUUCUUACCGGAAGAAGCAGGCAAAGGCCUGACAAAGUUGUUGGAGAUCGGAGGAAAAUCGGAAGCCAUGGAAGCAGUCGGGGGGAUCACGCGGCGGCGAGAGAGGAGCUAGGGUUUAUCAUCUUUUCUUCAAAGACAAGUGUUUUAGUGGAAAGACGAUAAAUCAAAAGUUUAUAUAACUCCCAAUUAUUCAUAUUUUUAUGAAACCGAGAGAGUAUUUGUAAUUAGGGCUGUAAACGAGCCGAGCCGAGCCGAAUACAAACAGGCUCGAGCUCGGCUCGUUUAAAUAUUCGGGUGUUCGAGCUCGGCUCGAGCUCGAUUCGAGCUUUUAUCUUGUUGAUCAAGCUCGGCUCGUAAUCCACUUACCAAGCUCGAGCUCGGUUCGAACUCGGCUCGGGUGAUGCUCGAUAAUGUCGAAUUCGAGCUUGAGUUCGAGCUCGGCUCGUUAGAUGUUUGUAUAUGUGAUAUUCGAGCUCGAAUUCCUUAUAAAUUUGGGAAAAACUUCUUAAUUAAUGUUACUCGAGCUCGAGUUCGAUUCGUUUAAAGCUCGUACAAUAGCUCGAUUGAAGGCUCGACUGAAGGUUCGUGAACAGGCUCGCAAACAUGUUCGCGAACAAUUGAGUCCGAACAUGUUCGCGAGCUCAACGAGCCGAGUACUAUCAGGCUCGAGCUCGGCUCGAUAAAAAUUUCGAGCUCGAAAUCAGGCUCGAGCUCAGCUCGUUUACUAUCGAAUCGAGCUCCGAACGAUCUUUUUUCGAGCCGAAUCUCAAAUAGCUUGCGAGUAGCUCUGUUCAUUUACAGCCCUAUUUGUAAUGCAUGCUCAAAUAGUACCAACGAUAAAGAAGCUCUUGGCUUAGGGUAUCCUGCGGAUAGUAAAGCAAGAAUGCGGCUAAAAUCCAAAAUUUGAAAAGCAAAUACUCGGCGCACAUAAAAUUCUAUAAAAGUUAUUCAUAUUCUUAUUAGGCGAUUAAAAUCCUCGUCACCAAUCAGCUCCAAAUCCUGCCAUCCAUUUGGAUGCUUAUCAACGGUCACAAUUGACGAUCCGCUUAAUGCAAAAUGAUUGGCUCCUGUGCACACCGCCAUUGCUAUAUAACCUACUCACUAACCGCAAAUUCACCAUAAAUUUGCCAAUUCUCUUUUCUCCUCUGCCUCCGCUCGGGCAAAAUUCUUUUCUCGUAAUUCUCUUCAAAGCUUUCAGAAAUUGAAAUGGCGGGUCGGGGCAAGACAUUAGGUUCCGGGGCGGCCAAGAAGGCCACAUCUCGAAGCAGCAAGGCCGGGCUUCAGUUUCCCGUCGGUCGUAUCGCCCGUUUUCUUAAGGCCGGAAAAUAUGCGGAACGAGUCGGCGCCGGUGCUCCAGUCUACCUCGCCGCCGUCCUCGAGUACCUUGCCGCUGAGGUUCUGGAAUUGGCCGGCAACGCCGCCAGGGAUAACAAGAAGACUAGAAUUGUUCCCCGGCACAUUCAGCUCGCUGUGAGGAACGAUGAGGAGCUGAGCAAGCUUCUUGGAGAUGUUACGAUUGCCAAUGGCGGUGUUAUGCCCAACAUUCACAAUCUUCUGCUCCCGAAGAAGACAGGGUCGUCGAAGCCAUCUGCCGCUGACGAGGAUUAGACGAGUGAUGCGUAGGAAUUCCGCUUUUAGUUCUACAGUUGAAUGUGUUUGUUUUGUGUUAGGUGCAGUUGGUAGGGAGGGAACUGAGCUUGUUAAUGUUACGUUCAGUCUUUGUAAAUGAAUGACUGGAUGCCCUCGUUUUCUUGUCUAGUUAAUAUUAAUCAACAAACAGCUACAUUCUUGAGCGCUUUAUGACAUGGAAGAAUUUAAAUUUGCUAA